AUUUGAUUGCACUUCCACUGCUUCAUGACAGAGGCCCUACAGGGGUUCUUCUCUAAAUUGCGUUUGGGAGAGAGAAAUUUUGCAUAAUGAUUCGCAGUGAAUUAAUUUAAUUGACAAAUUGGACUAAUAAGAACUCUGGUCAUUUGGUGGAUGUCAGUUGGUUGAGCACCUUGCUUGUGAAGAGAUGGAUUUUGAUUCAAUUCUCCCAGAAGUGGGCUCUUUUGGUCCGUAUCAAAAAUUCGUUAUUUGCGGAGUUCUCCUUCCGGCAGUCUUCCCUUGUGCAUUUCAUGCAUACAGUCAGCUUUUUAUUGCCGCUCGUCCAGCUCAUUGGUGUCGUGUACCUGAACUUGAUCCCUGGGUUCAAGAUUAUCCAAAUGAUGUACGCAAUGUAAGUGUACCUAUGGAAAUCCGAGAUGGCGCUCUGAGAUUCUCAGAGUGUCUCGUAUUUGUGCGAAACUACAGUGAAAUAACCCGGACAUGGGGUACCCAUGGCUUAGAAAAUGUUACGAAAAUUGUUCGGAGCGGUGAGGUAUCCAGUUGCAAGAACGGAUGGAAUUACGAUACAAGGAUGUUUAGCAGUACUGUUGUAACGGAAUGGGAUUUAGUUUGCGAGAAAGAUUCCUACGCAACGGUAGCUCUAGUUCUUUUUGGUGUUGGUGGCCUUAUUGGGAAUUACGUUUUUGGGUACCUUCAAGACUUUUGGGGAAGACGUCCUUCGUUCUAUGCUUACCUUUUGUUAGAGAUCGUGGCUGGGAGUUUAAGUGCCAUUGCUUGGAAUUACGCUUCUUGGGUCUUCUUCAGGACAUUAGUCGGAGUUACAGUUCCAGCCAUCCUUGCUAGUCCCUACGUCCUAGCAAUCGAGAUGGUAGGUCCAUCCAAGAGAGUUUUCUGCACAAUUGUGGCAAAUAUUGCAUAUUCCCUUGGACUAGUACUCCUGGCCGGAAUUGUAUUCAUUUUCCGAGAUUGGAGAUAUCUAUCUCUAGCUGUUUCCCUUCCACUGCUCAUUCUCUUCAGCUGCUUCUUCAUACUCCCAGAGUCUCCCCGAUGGCUCAUUGCUACAGGAAAAUUCACAGAAGCUGCCAAAAUUAUGCAAAAGAUGGCAGAAAUUAAUGGAAAACAACUCACAUCUAAUUAUGAAACUAUCCUUAGGGAGAAGGUCGAAUCAGCAAUGUCAAAGUCCACUCCUGAAACUCGAACAUACGGCAUCAUGGACUUAGUUAUAACACCCAAUAUGCGAAAGAAAACAUUCAUUGUCACCUUCAUUUGGUUUGCCAAUACGAGUGUCUACGUCGGACUUAGCUACUAUGCUCCUGCUCUGGGUGGCAAUGAGAUUUGGAAUUUCUUCCUGGCUGGUCUCGUUGAACUGCCCACUUACAUAUUUCUCUGGCCAAGUUUAACGUACUUCGGGCGUCGCUGGAUCCUUUGUGUAUCAAUGGUCGUUGGAGGAGUUGCAUGCUUGGCCACUUUUCUUGUGCAACAGAGACAAACGGUGAUGUUGGUGUUAUAUUGCAUUGGGAAAAUGGGGAUCUCUUCAGCUUUUGUUGUACUUCCGCUUGCUGCUUCGGAACUCUAUCCAACUGUGGUUAGGGGCCUUGGAAUGAGUGUCAGUUCGGUAAUUGGGAUGAUUGGACCUAUUGUGAUACCCAUCAUCAACUAUACGGGCAGUAAUAUGCUGGUGCUUCCUCUGAUCAUCAUGGGAACACUGCUCUGCCUCGGAGGAUUAACCAGUCUCUUCCUUCCGGAAACCAAAGAUCAGCCCCUGCCCCAGACAAUCGAAGAUGGUGAAAAUGUGCGGCUUUCGCGGCCUUUUGCAGCCCUUUCAAAAUUAAAGAGACACAAAAAGACUCCCUCACAGAUGAACAUCUCGCAAAAUGUCUGUGAUCUCUGUAGAAUUGAAGUAAAAACUGCCUCUGGGUGAAUUUGGCUAUUUGUAAAACUUCCAAUAAAGAUAAAAGUCCUCCACUCGGACGAAUGGCAUCAGCAAA